UGACGGGUCAAAGUCCGACGUUUCAUGUUGAUCGCAAUUUUUCCGAGCUGUCUGGUAGUCUACGUUGACACAUAAUCAAACGUGAUCGAACAAGAAAAACAUACCAAUAUUAUAUCUCAAGCAAGAUGAUUCCCCUUUUAAAAAAUUGCCUGGCAGUGAAACAUGGAAUUGUUAAUCAUGCGGAAGCUUUUACACGUUAUUCCGCAAUUGCCAUAAACAAGGCUUAUUCUACAAAAAGCGAUAAUGCUCAGAAAAAUAUUGUAUUCAUCGAUGGAGUACGAACUCCAUUUUUGCUGUCUGGAACACUGUACAAGAAUCUUAUGGCGUAUGAUCUUGCAAGACAUUCACUGCUGAGUUUACAAAAGAAGAUUGGAUUCUCCAAGGAAAUAGUCGAUUAUAUCGUAUAUGGCACAGUAAUGCAAGAAGUGCGAACAUCUAAUAUUGGAAGGGAAGCUGCUUUAGCUGCAGGAUACAGUGACCAUACUCCAGCGCAUACAGUAACAAUGGCAUGCAUUAGCAGUAAUCAGGCUAUCACAACUGGCAUAGGCUUGAUUGCUUGCGGUGUUUACGACGCUAUUAUAGCAGGAGGAGUUGAAUUUAUGUCAGAUAUUCCGAUCCGACACAGUCGACGUAUGAGAUCCCUGAUGCUGCAAGCUAACAAGGCAAAAACUGUGACGGAUAGGUUAACUCUCUUAGCCAGUAUCAGACCAGGCCAUUUCGUGCCAGAUCUACCGGCUGUGGCAGAGUUUUCAACUGGUGAAACCAUGGGACACAGUGGAGAUCGCUUAGCAGCGGCAUUCGGCGUGACGCGUAAAGAGCAAGACGAUUACGCGUUACGCUCUCAUACUUUAGCCGCGCGAGCUCAGCAACAAGGACUUCUGUCGGAUGUAGCGCCUUACAAAGUACCGGGCGUUGACAAAGUUAUAGACAAAGACAAUGGUAUUCGCGUGUCUACGGAAGAGCAAUUGGCGAAAUUGAAGCCCGCAUUUGUCAAACCUUACGGCACGGUUACCGCGGCUAACGCGUCUUUCUUGACGGACGGCGCGUCUGCGGCGUUAAUAAUGAGCGAGGAGAAGGCCCUUCAACUUGGUUUGAAACCCAAGGCGUACCUGCGGAACUUUACUUACGUGUCUCAAGAUCCGGUCGAUCAGUUGCUUCUGGGACCAUCGUAUGCGAUACCGAAGGUCUUGGACAAAGCAAAGUUAAACGUAAAAGAUGUAGGAGUAUGGGAAAUUCACGAAGCGUUUGCCGGACAAAUCUGCGCUAAUCUGAAAGCAUUGGAUUCCGAUUUGUUUGCACAAAAAUAUUUGAAUAAGAGCUCCAAGAUAGGAAUACCUGAACUAAACAAGUGGAACGCUUGGGGUGGAUCCUUAUCACUCGGUCAUCCGUUUGCUGCUACUGGAGUACGAUUGGCGACCCAUACAGCUAAUAGACUUAUCAAAGAGGACCAACAAUUUGGACUUAUCGCGGCCUGUGCAGCUGGCGGACAGGGAGUUGGUAUGAUCAUGGAAAGAUAUCCUGGCGCUACAGUUUGAUAUCAUUUUUAGAGAAAUGCAAUUAAUAUCUAAAAACAGACCUUUAACUAAUAGAAAAAUAUCGGGGAAAAUAUUUUUCUACUCGAGAAAAUAUACAUCAAGAUUUGUUGACAGUUUUUUGUAAGAAAUCUUUUUCUAUUAAAUUGUUUAUAUAUAAUAAAUAUUAACUUGUACAAAAUCUUGCAA